GAGCCACGGCAGUGCCGCGCCGACUGCCGCGCGGAGUGAACGCCAUUCGCGACCACGACGCGACCACACGCGCACCUGUGCACCUGUGCCCUGUGUUUAUUGCUCUCAAAACACGUAAACAAACGAAACCGCUGUGAGAAGUGCAGCUAAGUGAGAUCGGAACGUCGCACGCACGCCAUCCGAGUACGCUGUGCCGAGUGACAGUUGCAUUCUGCAGGGCUCAGGCAGUGAACUGGUGAAGCAUAACAUGUAGUGGAGAUUUGAAGACAAAAGUGUACUUUUAAUCGUUCGUCAUGGCCGAUAUUGAUGAAAUGAAUAUCGACUACGAAGUCGGCUACGAGUACGACAUGUCUAAAAUACCGGAAAUCGUUACACCGGACGACACAAACGAGUCCGGCUAUCAGGAGGGUUCGGAGAAAAGUUACGGUGAUAGACGAGAUUCGAAAGAGGGUUUCGGUGGCGAAGGGGAUUCAGAUAGUGGUGUCGAUGGGGUGAGCAGUGGAUGUAGCACGGUGGAUGAUUGCCCGGUGGUGUCGAUAAAUGAUGUGGUCGCGUACUAUGAUGACAUUCGCCCGAGGCGGCGACACGUGCCUCAGCUUAAUUUCUAUCACGUGGAUAUCGAGAGGAUGACCUUGGACGCUGUUGUUCAGAGCGAGUCGAGCUACACCUCUUCAGAAGAAGGCUGCGGCGGUGGUGAGCGCCACGCUGUGCUCAGUUAUGAGCAAGUACGAAGGCUUAACGAUGUUAUGGACGAAGUUGUCUCUAUACACGGCCGAGGCAACUUCCCAACUCUUCACAUCCGACUGCGCGAGCUGGUGGCGGGCGUACGGGCUCGUCUCGAAGCCGCUCAAACUGAAGGCGGCGCAGGGGUCGCAGUCCGAGACGUACGUCUCAACGGUGGCGCCGCUAGUCACGUCUUAGCCGAUCGCCCGCAACCUUAUUCCGACAUCGACCUUAUUUUCACUGCGGAGCUACCGACGGCACGUCACUGUGAUCGCGUCAAGGCUGCAGUUCUUGGACAUCUUUCAACUCUUCUCCCGGCCACGAACCCUCGUCGACGCGUCGCGCCGGCUGGGUUAAAAGAAGCCUACGUUUCAAAAAUGGUCAGAGUCAACUCUGACGGUGACCGUUGGUCAUUAAUUUCACUGGGAAAUUCGCGUGGUCACAAAUCAGUAGAACUGAAGUUUGUUGAUACAAUGCGUCGGCAGUUCGAAUUCUCAGUUGAUUCGUUCCAAAUUGCUUUGGACUCUCUACUCGCAUUCCAUGAAUGCGCUCAACUUCCUAUUGGAGAAAACUUCUAUCCGACCGUCGUCGGUGAAUCUGUAUUUGGUGACUUCAGUGAGGCACUCAUGCAUUUAUCAGAGAAGUUGAUCGCCACGCGGCAACCAGAAGAAAUACGCGGAGGCGGUCUUUUAAAGUAUUGUGCACUUUUGGCCAAAGGAUACCGGCCGGCAAGACCGGACAAGAUCAAAACCCUUGAACGCUACAUGUGCUCAAGAUUCUUUAUAGACUUUCCGGAACUCGGUCAGCAGCGUGCGAAGUUGGAGGCUUACUUACGGAACCACUUCGUGGGUCGAGAUGAGGAGGCGCUAAAGCACAGGUACCUGACGCUGCUGCAUAGCGUGGUACGGGAGUCGACCGUCUGCCUGAUGGGGCACGAGCGGCGGCAGACGCUGGCGCUAAUCGAGGCACUAGCGUGUCGCGAGCUGUGCGCGCGUGCGCCGCUGCUGAUGCCGGCCGUGGCCGCGCUUCCGCCCGCCGGCUACUAUGUGUGCGUGUGCGCGGCGUGCGCCGCCUGCGCCGCGUGCGCCGCGUGCGCCAGCGCCGCGUGCUGCGAGUGCUACCGGCCCGCGCUGUGCCCGGCGUGACCGCCGACCCCGCGCCCGCCCGACCUCUCCUUCGCAGUCGAUCCACGAUGAAUUUAGUGCCAAAUGUAUAUAAUAUAAAGGUAUAUGUAUAUGUAUGAUUCGACGCUAUGUAAACGCGUACGAUUGUAUAUAAUGUGAGAUUUCGCGCUUCGUAUCCUUUCGAUCUGUGCGACCGAGGUAUUAUUUCUUGAGAAGCGAGCGCGGUCGGAGCGCUCUCGGGCGGAGGAGACGACUCGCUCUGCGUCAAUUCGAUGUUGCUCACUCUACUUUGAUCAAUUUUCGUCAAUUCGUGAUGCGGCAAACUAACAUGAUCGUCCCGUAAUCGCUCGCCUCUAGUGACGUCACGUGUCUUAUUUCCUGGACAAUGAUAACAUUCGUAUUUGCCAAUCAUAAAGUAUCAAGCUACAAAACCUCCUUACAUAUUAUCAGCGCUCGGUGUAGAGUCAAGACGUGAGGUAAUUUCUAGUCGUACUCCUUUCGUGUUGAUACAUUAAUAUGUUAGCAGUACGAAAAUUAUUUUCACGCGACGGUGUACGCGAUGUUAGGAUGUAAAGCCAAGUCGGUGGUCUGCCUUUUAAAAGACUAGUUACUUAUUUUUAAGCUUCGUAUGUAAAGAUUGUUUUCAUAAAGUAGUGGCAUGUCUCUCUCAAACAGAACCGCGGAAAUAGACUGAGAAAGACACAAGGAUCACGAGGAAGAUGAGCGCAGGCGUUGCCGGAAAACAAAUUUAAAAAAAAAAAGUUUAUACUUUAAAGUAGUUUCGGCUCAGACCUAAAUAAAUAAUGUCCUAUGAAAUGGCCUUUAGAAAAAAAAAACAUUCGAUAUUAUAUUGUAAAAAAUAAACAUAUUGAAUGUAAUUACAGUCGGACGCGGAGUUACGUACUCGUAUUUUCGCAAACUGCUUCAAACGAUUUCGUUACGUACAAAGGUCAGAAGGUUCCGCUCCUCGGUAUGAUAUAACUAAAAUAUACUUAUUUUACUAUUAUAUUUAUUAAUCAGAAAAAUUGUAUGUAUACUGUUUCGUGAUUGCUCUAGUAUUGUAUACGGCUUGGCAUACGAAGUAACAAAGUAAGAUAAUUAUAAACAAUAUAUUAAAAAAAAAAAUAUUUAAAAAAAAAUACAAAAAAAAUAUAUAACUAAGGUGUGUACAAUAUUAAAGUCCACUCUUAAUAUUAAUACACCAUAUAAAUAUUUUAAGAACAUUUACAUGUAGUAGAGUUUAGCUAACAGAGUACAUACAUAGAAAUCUUUUUUGAUUACGUCUCAAUACAACAGUAGAUUGUAUGAAGAAAAUGUGAUUUAAUUGUUUUAGAAUUAAUGUAAUGUUGUCGAUC